AUGUCAGACCACGAAGACAUUCUGGAGAGCGAGCCUCCCACUAUUGACCCAUAUGAAGUUUUGGGUCUUGAGAGGACUGCAACGAGCGAUGACAUCAAGAAAUCUUAUCGAAAGGCUGCGCUUAAGAACCACCCAGAUAAGGUGCCACAAGAUCAGAAAGAUGCUGCGCACGAGAAGUUCCAAGCUAUCGCAUUCGCCUACGCCAUUCUCUCCGACCCCGCCCGUCGCAAACGGUACGACGAAACUGGCUCGACCUCCGAAUCGAUUGUAGACUCAGAAGGAUUCAACUGGAGCGACUACUAUCGAGAGCAAUAUAAAGAGUCUGUAUCGGGCGAUGCGAUCGAGAAGUUUGCCAAGAAGUAUAAGGGCUCUGAUGAAGAGAAGGGAGAUGUGCUCGAUGCGUACGAAGACUGUCAAGGUGAUAUGGAUGCGCUGUACGAGAGAGUCAUUCUAAGCGACGUUUUGGAGGACGACGAACGUUUCCGUGAAAUCAUCGACAAAGCCAUCAAGAGCAAAAAAGUGCCUAGCUUCCCAGCCUACACGAAAGAGUCGAAGAAGAAGCGAGAGGGUCGUGCGAAGAAGGCCCGGGAAGAAGCUACAGAGGCUGAAGACUACGCAAAGGAGCUAGGUGUGCACGACAAGCUAUUCGGCGGCGACAAGAAGAGCAAAAAGAAGAAGGGCAAGGGGAACUCAGAGGACGACCUGGCAGCACUGAUCCAAAAGAGGCAGCAAGAUCGCUCCGAGGGUUUUCUGGACCAUCUCGCUGAAAAGUAUGGUGCCAAAGAGAACAAAGGAAAGAAGGGCAAGAAGCGGCCUGUUGAGGAUGAGCCUUCGGAAGAGGCCUUUCAAGCAGCUGCUUCUCGUCUAAAGGGCUCGAAGAGGUCGAAACGACUUACUCCGGUAAUUGAUUCCAACAAUAAACAAUCUCACCAACCUUCGAAUGAAGAAGAGUGCUAUCAUGAUGCCAUGAGCGAAUCCGCCAAGCCCCCAAUCUAUCCUCGAUACUGCUUUCAUCUUGCGCCAACCGUGAACCAAUGGUGCCUCUUUCGUGUAACCGAUAUCCAUGACCUUGGUCAGUACGAAGGUUUUGAAGGCGAAAAUUUCUACUUCUAUAGGAAUCUACCCAUCAAAUGGGUGCGCAUAGUCGGAUUGAUCGUCGCCAUUGACGAAUUCGCAAGCCGACGCGUGUAUACAAUAGAUGAUAGUAGCGGCGCAUGCAUCGAGUGCAUUGUUUCCAUACCUAUCUCUGGUGAAGGUGAUAGUCGCGCGACAACAGGAGAUGCUGCUCCGAAGAAAGCGGAUAUUGACCCGCCUCAAACCCCAGACCCAUUCCGAAAUAUUGACGUCGGAUGUGUUGUCGACGUCAAGGGAGGUCUGUCUACUUUCAGAGACGAGCGACAACUCACUAUUGAGAAGAUGAUUAUGGUACGAAGCACUGCGCAAGAGGUUACUCUGUGGGAAAAAAGGGUCAGAUUCAAGUCCGAAGUUCUCGACAAACCAUGGAUUCUACGAAACAGUGAAAUUCGAAGAUGUCGAAAGGAAGCUGAACGGAGUGAAGAGGAAGCGGAGAGGAAGCGAAAACGCAUCAAAGCAAUGACAGAACCUCGAGCUGCGAAGCAAACAUCGAAAUCCGCGGACCAUGCUGAACAGACCAUCCGGCAGCAGAAGCCGAACAAAGAAAUGCGGCUGGAUUUUCGGCAGAUUCUUGAGCAUGGCAGAAGAGGCAAAUACGAUGCGCUAGGGUUAUGA